AUGAACCUCGGACCGAACAAUCCGCACCGCAACGGACUUCUCUUUGCAGGCUUCAACCAAGAUCAAAGCUGCUUUGCCAUUGGCAUGGAAAAUGGCUUCCGCAUCUUCAAUGCAGAUCCACUCAAGGAAAAGUCGCGUCGCGACUUUCAGGACGGCGGCAUUGCAUACGUCGAAAUGCUCUUCCGAUGCAACUACCUCGCUCUCGUCGGCGGAGGCAAGACCCCCAAGUUUGCUGCCAACAAGGGUACGACGCUUUUUGCGAUUGACCUGGUUUUCGCCAAUCUUUGUGUCAUCGAGCUCGAGUUUCGCAGUGAAGUCAAGGCGGUCAAGCUACGAAGAGAUCGCAUUGUGGUCGUUCUCGAAAACAAAAUUUUCGUGUACACGUUUACACAGUCGCCACAGCGCCUGCAUGUGUUUGAGACUGCAGAUAAUCCCCGAGGCUUGUGUGCACUCUGCCCCAGCAGUACGAAUGCCAUUCUCGCAUUCCCUGGCAUGCAGCCAGGUCAAGUACAGGUCGUUGAUCUGGCCAACUCCUCCAAGCCGGUGGUGCUGCUGACGGCCCACGAGACUGCUCUCAGCUGCAUUGCUUUGAACGACCAAGGCACCAAGCUGGCAACCACCUCCGAAAAGGGAACACUUGUCCGCGUGUUUGACCUCGUACACAACCGUCGCACCAUGCAGCUCCGACGAGGCGCCGACAAGGCUGUGAUUUAUUGUGACAAAGGCACCGUGCAUGUCUUCCAUGUUGCUGACAACAUUGAAAACAGCAAGAACAAGCAGUCAAGUUUGGCUUCUGCCAAAGAGUUCUUGCCAAAUUAUUUCAGCUCGUCGUGGAGCUUUGCAAAAUUUGCCGUGCCAGAAUCCAAAUGUAUUUGUGCCUUCAGCAGCAACGAUAAUGUGAUUGCUGUUUGUGCAGAUGGCAGCGCUUUCAAGUUUUCCUUCAAUAUCAAUACUGGCGAGACCAAGCAGGAGAGCUACAAGCACUUUUUGCAAAUGGCCGAUGAUGCAUGA